UUACAAUUGAACAAACUGAAAGAUUGCGAGUACUUGCACAUACAGUAAGAAUACAUGGACAAUUUCGUGCGAGAAUUUUACCAUAAUUUUACACAGAAGAGUAUAGAGCUUGCGAUUUGAGUUUUUGACCUCCAGCGGGUUAUAAAAGUCAACCAAUCAGAGAAAAUAUAGCGUAAUUUUGGGCCAAUCAAAAAGCGACCUUCUUUAUCCAAUGGCCUUUUUGCGCGCCAAAAUUGAGUAUAAGUUAGUUUGUGUGCGCGCCAACGAUAUAACGAUUCAAAGUUUCAGACUAGAUCAAAAUGGCUCGUACUAAACAAACUGCUCGUAAAUCAACUGGAGGAAAAGCUCCAAGAAARCAACUCGCCACCAAGGCAGCACGUAAAAGUGCCCCAGCAACUGGUGGAGUMAAGAARCCACAUCGUUACAGGCCAGGAACAGUCGCACUUCGUGAGAUCCGUCGUUACCAGAAGUCAACAGAAUUGUUGAUCCGCAAGCUUCCCUUUCAGCGUCUUGUCCGCGAAAUUGCUCAGGACUUCAAAACUGACCUUCGCUUCCAAAGUUCAGCUGUCAUGGCUCUUCAAGAGGCUAGCGAGGCUUACUUGGUUGGUCUGUUCGAGGACACCAACUUGUGCGCCAUCCAUGCCAAGAGAGUCACCAUCAUGCCCAAGGACAUUCAGCUUGCYCGCCGAAUCCGCGGCGAGAGAGCUUAAACUACUGGUUCUCCAUUAACCCGAAUCAACGGCUCUUUUAGGAGCCAACACAUGCUUAAAAGCAGUGACAUAAUGCUUAUACAUUAUUGUAGUGGAGAGUUAUGAAAUGAAAAAUUGAUUUAUAGGGAAAAAAGUGGACUCACCAGCCACAGGAAGUCUAACAUURGCAAAUGCUCUGCCUUGGUUGAAAACUUCUGUUACCUGGAAAAGUCAGGAACACAAAGAAUAAAUUGAGCUAAUCUUACUAGUGGCAUAUUAUAUAUCAAUAUAACUGAAUUCUACCUGGGAUGGUAGGUAGUUCGUGGGUGAUAAUGCUUUACC